AUGAGCGCCAUCAUACCCUGUCAGGCAUUCCAGUCAAGCCACUCUCAGCCCCACCUUACCAGCCAUAUCGUACAGUGCGAUGGUAUAACGCAGUGGGAAAUUGAUCUACAUGAAAAAUCGGAGGCGGACAUCUGGAAAUGCAAAAAAUGGAUGGAGGAUGUGUACAACGACGUCUGGGGAAUGAAGCGGGAAUGCGUACGCCUGGGAGCAAAGCUCGAGGGAGUUAUGGCAUGGGUAUCUGAUACGGCGGCAUUCCGUGAUGAUAUUGCAUUGAAGGAGCGCUUGUCGCAAGCGCUUACGAACAUACGGUCAACGGAAGCGAUGGUCACUGAAAGGCUGGAACGCAUGGGGGCUAUCAUGACGCAUUUGGUGGAAGUUCUUGACAUACAUUUUGGGCGUACAGCAGUAAUUAAGGUGGAGGAUUAA